AGUCGAGGGAGGAGCGAGGAGCAGAGCGGAGCGUGAGGCGCCGGGCCGCUCACCCAGUGCACACACGUCCCGUCUGAUGGUUGCGCCGCGCUGCACGACAUGCUCCUAGCCGCCUUGCGAGGGUGAGCCGCGCGGGGCCGCGGCGCCAUGUGAGGUGGGCGCCAUGGAGGGACGCGGGAGGGCGUGACGCGGGCGCCAGCCUGUGCAGGGUGCAGGGCAGGGCGAGGGCAGACUAACGCCGCCGCCCGUCCUGCCGCCCCUCAUGGAGUGGGCCAACGGGGACAUCCGCGUCGGUACGGGGCGUGCCCCGCCCCGCCCCAAGGUGCACGAGACCGUGGUCGACAUGCACGGCUACCCGCCCGCCCGCGACUACCCGCCCCAGACCCACCUGGACUACGGCUCGGUGGGCGUGCCGCGGGCCGAGUGCACGCCCAAGCACUGCGGGUACGGCGGCCCGCCCACCAGCGGCCACCACCCGUAUGGCAUCACGCACCCCAACUACCAGACUUCAGGCUCAGCCCCGGGGGCGGCUCCCCCUAUCCGGGCGAGCGCCGUGAGUACGCGCCCCCGCCCCGGGACUACCCGCCGCCCUCCUACACCAGCGAGCAGUGCGGCUAUUCGGCCCCCGCGGGCUACGUGUCCGCGGGGCGCCGCUCCCCGUGCCCGGGGGGACGUGUAGCGAGUGUCCGGGGGCGCGGCGUGUGAGUACCGGCCCGCCUGCUACUCCUCCGCCGACCGUCCGCCCCGCACCGACCUGGGGCCGCCCCCGGACAUCCACCCCGAAGUGCGGCCCGCCGAGGCGCGGCCGCCGCCCGACGUGCACCGCGACGUGCCGCCGGAACUGCGUCAGGAGGCGCGGCCCGAGUGCUACGAGGCGCGCGGCGGCCGCAGCCACCACGCCAGCCACUGCGACCUGCGGGAGUUCCAGGAGUGGCGGGAGCUGCGCGGCUCCAGGGAGUCCGUGGGCACGCUGCCGCCAGAGCUAGAGUCACACCUGCGGGAGUGCCGCUGCCCCUGCGACCACCUGGGCUACGGCAACUACCAGAGCCUGCUGGAGGGGUGCCCUGCUGUGUCACACAUCUCCGUAAGCCACAGCAGCUGUAGCGCGGAGACCUGUAGACACGAGUCCUCUACGGUAUACACACAACUAUCGUAUCUCGAUUCUCCACGAUCUAAUUCCUCUAACGGAUUCGCCAACAGACGGAAAGUGGGCGGGGAGCUAAGCACACGUCACUGGUGGUUGAUGGGCUUGGUGUUCCUGGUGGCAGCAGCAGCAGGCGUGGGCGUGGGGGUGCCUCUCGCCUUCCGAGCUGGGCCUUCCUUUUCCCUCGACAAUAGACUGCAGCUCGCCAGGGAAAUUUUGGACCAGCACCCCCUCAUUGACGGCCACAACGACCUGCCUUGGAAUAUUCGAAGCUUCAUUCACAACCAGCUCGAAAAAUUGAAGCUAAACGAGUCUCUGAAGGGAGUGCAGCCGUGGUCCGUCAGCAACUGGUCCCACACAGACAUUCCGAGGCUCCUGGAAGGGAAGGUGGCGGGUCAGUUCUGGGUCGCCUACACGCCUUGUGAAUCUCAGUACCAGAACGCUGUACAGAUCACCCUUGAACAAAUAGACGUGAUCAAAAGAGUCAUUAAGAAAUAUAGUGAACACAUGGAGCUGGUCACGAACUCUAAAGACAUCAAGAAGGUGUUUCAGAAGGGCAAGAUAGCCAGCCUUAUUGCCAUCGAGGGAGGACACGGCAUCAGCAACAGUUUCGGCUCUCUAAGAAUGAUGUAUGAGUUAGGAGUCCGUUAUCUCACUCUCACGCACACCUGCAACACCCCCUGGGCCACCUCGUCUGUCGUGGAGAGGACGGGGCACAUUGCCAAGAAUGAGACCUUUGGCUUGACUGACUUCGGAAAGAAGAUCGUGCAGGAGAUGAACAGGCUGGGGAUGAUGGUAGAUCUGUCACACGUGUCCACACAGACCAUGAAGGACACACUGGCAGCCACUCGCGCCCCUAUCAUCUUCUCCCACUCCUCCUCCAGGGCUCUCUGCAACAACUCAAGAAAUGUGCCAGACGAUGUUCUGCGCCAGGUGAAACACAAUCGAGGCAUAGUAAUGGUCAGUUUUUACGCCAAUCACGUGAGCUGUACCGACCCUGCGAACGUCACUCAUGUGGCAGAGCACAUCAACCAUAUAAGGAAGGUGGCAGGAAUCGAUCAUGUUGGCAUUGGUGCGGACUUCGAUGGCAUCAACAAGACUCCGGAUGGCCUUGAGGACGUGAGCAGGUACCCUUGGCUUGUGGCGGAGCUCCUGCGGGAUCCCAACUGGACGACCGCAGACAUCGCAAAGCUGAUUGGUGAAAACAUUCUCAGAGUUUUUGAAGAAGUGGAGAGGGUGCGGGAUGAGUUCAUGGCGCGGGGCGUGGAGGCGCAGGAGGAGGAGAUACACCCAGAAUACCUGAAGGGGAAGACCAACUGCACCUACAUCUUUGACUAAUCACUUUCAUCACCGCCAUGACCACCACCACCACCGUCGCCACCACCACCACCACCACCGCCACCACCAUCGCCGCCACCGCCACCGCCGCCGCCGCCGCCUCACUCUUACUGAUGGUGGAAGGUGUGGAUAAUAUUGUGGUGGAGGGUGACAAGGACGGUGGAAGAGUGAGGGGAGUGUUGGAGCUUUGUAAAGGAAGGAAAAACUUUGUUGAUUGAAGGCUAAGGGAGCGUGCAUCCGUGUGUGCGUGUGUGUGUGUGUGUCUGUGUGUGUGUGUGUGUGGCAAGUGACUGUCUCAAGCGAAUAGUUGACAAUUUCAAAGUUUUCCUACAAACGUUCGCAAGGAAAAAAGUGGAAAAAAAUUAAACACGUUUAAAUAGACCAGACAGACAGACACAGAAAAAAAGAUUAGUGAAAAGAAAGAAAAAGCCAAACUGUUUUCUCUUUUUUUUUUCGAGUUUGUGAAGAAUCGUUUGGACAAAGUUGUUGAAAAGAAAACAGAAAAGGAGAAAGUGAAGUAUAAGUAGAUAAACUGUAAGAUUUGUAUCAAGGGGACUACUGUUUUGUAAAUAAGAAAUUUAUACAAGACUAACAAACACGUUGACCCCAAAUUAAUUCUAUACAAGACAUUAUAAACAUUUGCUGUUGUUGUGAGGGUUGCCAAGUUGUCGAUUUGUUGAUCUGAUUUACCACGAGAAGGAGGAGCAGCAGGAGGAGGAAGAAGGAGGAGAAAGAAGGAGGAGGAGGAGGAGGAGGAGAGAGAAAGAAGGCCCGAGCGUUACUUCUCCCGCACCUACAGUUUCAGGGUGCCAAAUUUGUGCCAAAUGAAACUUUCUUAUCACACAAUUCGGAAAAAAAAAGUAAGAAAAAGAAAAUUUCACCAAAAAAAUAAA